AUGUGUGAGAAAGAAUUAUUUGAGUCCAGCAAUGGUGACGAAGAAGAGAUGUUAGUAUGUGAAGAAGAUUUAGAGCAUAAUCCUUUUGAUGGCUUACCAUACUCAUCUCAUUAUUACAAACUUUUGAAAGAAAGAGAGGAACUUCCAUUUUGGAGUGAAUAUCCUUCCAUGGAGAGUCUUCUUCGUAAUCAAAUUGUGAUUGUUUCAGGAGAUGCUAAGAGUGGCAAAAGUCAUCAAGUUCCCCAAUGGUGUGCUAAGUACGGUCUUUCUGCCCAUUAUCAACAGGAUAGGGGUGUACACAAGCAGACAGCAAUGUGGCUGGCACUACGUGUAACUGAUGAGAUGGAUGUCAAUACUGGCCAUGAAGUGGGUUAUGUUGUCCCAUUUGAGAGCUGCUGUACACUGAAACAAUUCAGAGUGCCCAGUAUAUCCAGCAGACCCCUCAAUGAAAGCUGCCUAUUAGACAAACCCAACUGGUUGUCUGUUGCCAAGGAACCAAUAUUUCAGGAUGGUUAUUUUAAAAGAAAUAAAGGAUCUAAUUUCAAUCCUGAUCUUGGAGAAUUAGUCCCUGUUUCUCUAGAUCCCAGCCACAAAGAUAUAUUCAAGCCAAAUGAAGAUAAAGAAAAAAAAUGCUGCAAAAAUUACAGAAGAAAAGUGCUAUUAACCAUGAGCUUCGGAGAGUUGUUGGUCUGGAUUCAUACUGUAACCUUUACAAUUGAUAUUAAUGUGGAGAGAAGAAAUGUUAGUAAAGUCUGCAGCCCUAGAAUCAGGCUGCAUUAUAAGAGCGUCUGCUCUAGCAAUAAAAGCCAAGAAGAUAUGUGCACGCAAAUUCUGUGCACGUCUUCAUCAGGCAAACUCUUCUGCCUCUACCCUGGAUAAUUUACAUACAAGGAAAUGAAACCAUGCCUGUCAGCCAGAAUAUAGGACUCAAAUCUAACUAGCAUGGUUCUUUUUCUGAAGAGAAUGGAUUUAGCAGGCUUAGGCCACUGUGAUCAUGUAGCGUGACCUACUCCUGAAAAUCUGAUGCAGGCUUUAGAAGAUCUUGAUUAUCUGGCACAGAAUAACGAUGGAAACUUUUUUGAAUUUGGAAUAAUUAGGUCAGAGUUUCCUCAGGAUCCACAGUUGUCCAAGUCCAUUUUAGCUUCAUGUGAAUAAUUUGACAGAAUGCUCACCAUUGCUGCCAUGGGUAAAAGAGCCGCAUGUGGCUCACGAUCCACAGUUUGGCCACCCCUGCAACAUGCUGUCACUUCUUCCUCAGACUACGAUGUUGAGAAAUGGUGUCAUGAUUAUUUCCUAAGCUGUUCUGCACUGAGGAGGGCAGAAGUUAUCAGAGCUGAACUGGCAGAGAUUGUAAAAUGUAUUGAACUUCCCAUUUCAGAACCUGACUUUGAAUCAAAAGAAAAUACGCUAAGCAUAAAGAAACUUCUCUUAUCUGGUUACUUCAUACAAGUAAGGAGAGGAAUCAUUCUCAGUUUAGCUAUAGAAAAGACAAGACGAUUUGUGGAACUGGCACUUCAAUAAUAUGUUAGCAAUCUGCCUCCUAGUGAAAGCAAGGAGAUUCUGCAGGAAGAUCAUUUAUCACCUGUUUCAACAAUGAAAGAGGAACGCUAA